UUGAUAGUUGCGCAGACGCGCAGUUCGCGUUGAGAGGCGAUCGAAUUUGGUUGUAGUAUAUGGUAGUCUAGACUUUAGCAGUGUGACCAGCUUUAUUAUUUACUUCCUUCGACUUCUACGUUUUUGUGUAGCUGCAUUCAACAUCAGCUCAACGAUUUAAGUCUUUCAGCACAUUUAAAUCGUCAAUUUUUCCUGUGACAAUUUAUUGUCGCUACGAAAUAAUAAAAGGGAUUGCAAUACAUCAUGAUUCUACCGAUUUGUUUUUUAACGAUAUUCAUUGUUAAACUGGAUUGCGUUUAUCCUCAUCCGGUGCAAAUCAGUGACGAGGUUAUCGAAAUCGAAAAACAAAGGCUAGUCAAAUUUCCAGAUGAAAUUGAACUUCGACAAGAUUCUACAGCCAACAGUUCCGAUUCAAAAAUUGAUGAAGCUCAGCGCAUCCUACAGGAAAUUGAAAAAAUUAAUCAUGCAUUGGGAUAUAUUCGCAAACAAUCAGAGCCACCUAAGCUUCCGCCUAUUUUAGAUUCGAGUCAGUACUUAUUCCCAAAGCCAGCUUCGCAACAUUUUCAUCAGCACAACCAUCAAACUUCUGGUAUGAAUGGAGGUACCAUUUUAAUUCCUUCUAUUAGAUCAGUAGACCUUCCGCGUCAAUAUAUAACAUCUUACUCAAUAUCCAAAGACAUGAAGAAUAUUGAACCUUUACAUCAAUUUCAAACCGCUAAAGACAAUUCAACAAAAAAGACUAAAUAUGUUUUGCAAACAAAUGAAGAAGUAUUACCUUCCUCUCACACUGUGGAUGAGCACCGGCAACUGCCUACACAUUUUGCAAUACCAGUGCGUCUCUACCGACUUAAUAAGGAGGAAUAUAUUAAUAAAAAUGCACCACAGCAAUUCCGUGUCAAAGGAUAUAAAAUAGUUGGUGAUGUUGACAAUUUUUAUGGCAAGGCAAAGCGAAAAGUUAUAAAAACAAAUGAAGCAAAGGCUGAUUUAUCGACAAAAUAUCAUCUAUUUUUCCUUCCACGUGAGUUUGCUUCGCUCAAGGAACUCUCUCGCAUGAGAUUGGAAGAGAGACAAAGUUCACAUGAUAAUAAUUCUAGAGAAGAGAAAGGAGUCGGUAUUCAAAGGCCCUAUAGAAUACAAACAACAGCAACAAGUAGUAGCACCGAUAUUAGCUCUAAUGCAAAUGUUACAACACAAAUUAUUCGAAAACGGGUUAUACCAAAGCCAUUAAGGGAAAGAGAUUCCAUUAUUAUUGAAGCGGCAGAACUAACUCAAGUAGAAGAUACUAACUCAUUCAAUACUAAUAACAAUGCAAAUACGAAUAAUGAUAUGAAUCCCAAUAAUAAUCCAACAAUAUAUAACAACCCUAGUCAAAACACGAAUCUAUUCAAUGCAAGGCCUGGUAUUUUGAAAUUCCCCAACAUUGCAAACAUUGCCCGGCCAAGUGAUCAAAAAAACUCUACUCCUGGAAAUACUAUUAAAAACGCUUUUCAAAAUAUUUUUAAAUUGCCAUUUCUUCAGGAUAACAAACCGAAUAUGACAAUGGGCGAGUUAGGGCAAACUCUACAAAUGACCGCAAAACCAUUUUUUACAACACAAGCCAAUCAGCAUACACAAACAUUUUACGAUUUUGUUGGUUCAAAACAACCCCAAAAAGGAAGUGAUUACCAAUGGGAGGAUGAAGCCAGUAGCGCGUCAGAAGAUGAAGAAAUUAAUUCCACUGAACACGAACAAAAACACAUAUUCGGCAAUCAGCAGAAUGGGGAGCUAAAAACUCAAAUGGAGGCCGUUAAACAUGGUGGUAUUAUAAUUCAACGCCUCAAGGUACGAAAAGGUGGUAUUGCUAUUGCAGGCCCUGGUGGUGUAGCGACUGCAGGGAGCGGCGGCACUGCUAUUGUUGGACCCGGAGGCUAUGCUCUUACACAUCCUCGUAGUUUAACCAUUGCUGGGCCGGGUGCUAAGGUGAUCGCCAUACCUUCCAGCGUUGACCUAAAGGAAGCUUUGCAAAGAACUAAUCUGUUCGAUCAAAUUAUUCCUCGUGAGGGCAAAGUUGUUGCUACUGGUCCAACUGUGUAUUAUUCUCCACCAACAUAAAUUCACAAAAGAUAUGAGAAUGAUUACAAAUUAAAAACUUACAGAACUAAAUAUUGAAUAUAACUAUAGCAAUAAUUUAGACAAUGUGGUUAAAUGAAUUUUAUAUUAUUUGAGAUUAUUCAUCUUAAUAUUCAUAAUUCGUAUUAUAUUAGACUAAAUAUCAAUAAAUCAAAAUAUUAUAUACUUAAUACAUAAAUAAAUACUAUAGUCAUGUCGCUACAAUUUCAUCUUAACUCAAGUUCAAUCCUUCAUAAUUACUGAUUAUUGGGUGUCGAAGCCAAUUAUUAAGUAUAGCAUGCCAAUCAUAGUGAUUAAAUUAGUUUAUAAUUUGAUUGUAUAAAAUUAUCACAUAAUUCACAUUUCGUUUUAUUUGUACUUUUCUCCCGUCUCAUAUUCUUCAACUGCAUUAAAUGUUUAUCUACCUUUUGUUGUGGAAUUCCUACCAA